CUCACUGCGCUUCCGUUGCCCAUGACACCGGAACGAAGUUCUGACAGCUGAUUCUUCAAUCAGUUUUAUGUCCACUCUGAGACCCAAAAUAAUCAUUUUAGAGGUUAUUAACAGUCGGACCUACCUCACAUAAGCUCCGGCUGGAGUUGCAGACGUCGCGUUGACCAGAGGAGGACAGCUGAUUAUGGUGUAGCACGGAGCGCUAGCAGGCAUUUAAGCAGCAGUGCAGUGCAGUGCAGUGCAGCGUGGGGCAGACCGAGGCAGACCACAGCAGCGGAGCCAUGCUUACGUUGGCCAGUAAGCUGAAGAGGGAUGAUGGAGGAAAGACGGGCCGUGCCUCAGGAGCCUCAGACUCCACCCACAGGGUCUCUAUCAGGGACCGCCUCCUUACCAAAGAAGUUGCAGAACUUGAAGCCAAUCUCCCUAGUACAUGCAAAGCCAAUUUCCCAGAUGAGGACAAGCUGCAUCAUUUUCAUCUGGCAGUGUCUCCUGAUGAGGGUUACUACCAAAGUGGAAGGUUUCAGUUUGAAAUCGACGUCCCCGAAGCCUAUAACAUGGUGCCUCCUAAAGUGAGAUGUCUGACCAGAAUAUGGCAUCCUAACAUCACAGAGAAUGGAGAGAUCUGUUUGAGCUUAUUGCGGGAACACUCUAUUGACGGCACAGGCUGGGCCCCCACCAGAACAUUAAAGGAUGUUGUCUGGGGAUUGAACUCCUUGUUUACCGACCUUUUGAACUUUGAUGACCCGUUGAAUAUCGAUGCCGCAGAACAUCAUCUGAGAGACAAGGAGGAUUUUCGGACUAAGGUUCAAGAUUACAUCAAGCAUUACGCCAGAUGAUAGAAGCAUUGGCUUCCUACUUCAGCCUCCACCAACCAACAAACCAAACUGCUCUACCUUGCCUCUGCUUACCUUGGCCAACUCCCUCACGUGUGUGAAUCAACAGCUGACUCUGACUCUUACCACUCCCCUCCUCUUGACACAGCUCUGUCCAUGACCUGCUGUUCACCCGAUUGCAAUAAACUCCACAUUGCAGGAACAAAAGAAAAAAAAGAAAAGAGAAAAAAAAAUAGGAUGCAUUCGAGGAAGGGCUUGCAUAUAAAAGAAAAAAAAUGUGCUUUAAUUAUGCUAAUCAAUGAGUGUUACAAUGACCACAAUGUCUGUCCAUUGUGGAGAGAUCACUGAAUGACGCCGCCUCGCUGGGAUGUCCCUGACAUGGGCGGAAACGAGCCAUGGCAAUGAACGGCGAGGAAAGAGAUGUGAUGAUUCAGGGUGGGUUGGGGGGGGAAGAUAAAGGAAAUGACAUUCAACUGUGUGAGAAAUGAGAUGAAUGAAGAGAAGGAAUAUCUAUUGCUAUCAGUUCUCUGUUCCAGUGCCUGCCAUGUUUGUGUCGCAAAAGAGAAAAUGCAUGCGAGUUCACACAGAGACACACACACACACACACACACACACGAUGUCACACCCUGUAGUAAAAGGUGAAUACACCUACUGUACACAGGUUGCUGAGCACUUGCCUAUCAGUCAAACACACACACACUGACAACAGAGAGCCUACAGCCCCACAAGACAGCAUGUGAAUGACCACAUUGUCCUGUUCUGUGUUCAUUCUCUUUGCAUGUUGAAACGCACACCGUACAACUCUCAAACAAACCUUCUGUGUGUUUUCAUCUCCAGUGUGAUAACGUACGACUACUAAAACCACAACCAAAAGUAUUGUAGUGUGUUCAGUUUCACCUCUGAGCCCAUGUCCCUCCUCUGCUGCCAUCUGUCUCUCUGUUACACACACACACACACACACACUAACUCACAGAAAAUGUCUCUAUUGUUUCAAUGAGGUUUAUUUUUUUUUACUUAUGGUGCGUUCAUAAAGUACUUUGCCAAUGGCACAUUCUCACUCUGCAUGAAGCAAUGACUAUGACUUUAAAUGACUCAUUAAGGAUUUCAUUUUACAACCAAACAAAACAGUGCUUUUCUUUUUUGUGCGUGCUCCCCCAGAUUUAAUGUGCAAAACGUUACAGAACAUGUGAAAUGGAAUCCGCUGCAAUAACGGCCAUUACAAUAAAAAUGCAGACAACGGUAACCCACAGAGAGCUAUCACCUGCAUCUGCAAUGCAUCCCCCGACUCCUCCCUGGCUUCAUGGUGCUUGUCAUGCGUUUUAUCUCUUUGUUAAAAUGUCCCACCUGCAACUUUUAUGUUGUGGUUCAGUGUUGUUUCCAGCCGCUCCAGGCAGGAAAAAGCUCCAAAACCCCCAAUGUUUGAUAUCUGCCAAGCGCUUAACAGCAGGCAGACCGUGAGAGAUGAACUGGUAAACAUGGUGCUUAUUUUUUUUCAGUUUUAGAGCCAGAUAUUUUCUUUGCAAGUAGGAGGUAGACCACAAACAGAGCAAGUAGAAAAGGCAAGACAGACUGUCACAACUCAAAAAAUGAAUUUGGGCCCGAGCACGAACCGUGCGAGGACCCUCUUGAAACCCUUUCAAAGAAUUUUAAAAAAGCUAUAAAAGACAAAUCCACCCAUCGAUUUGUGGAUGCUGCCAUCUCAGUGUCUCCUGCAGAAAGUCAAAAAAAAUUAGACAGCUGCUGAUGAAGAAACCUUGAUCAAUCUCAAAAUGAUUUAGAUGUAAUAUCAUAGAUAUCAGUUUAACAACAACCUGAUCACAUAAUGAAGAAAUGUAAAUUAACUUGUGAUGCAGUGCUGUUUAAUAUAAACCUGUUCUAUGAUACUAAAUGAGUUAAUCAGUUAACAGCUGCAUUUAAUUAUCAGACUAUUUUCAUUGUGAAAUAUGUUUUUAUAGAUAUCAAUUAAACACAUUUUCUUUUCUUUUUUUUUGCUAAUGCAGCUGGUCUGCACUGAUUACAAGCAGCUCUGACCUGACCAUGCUCGCCAAUAUAGGGACAUCAUAUAACAGACCAUUUUAUUUACUGCAGGUUUAAAAACAACUAAAUACCAUCCUCCAUCAGAUCACUCUGAGAAGGUGUGUGUGUCCGCUCGUAUACGGCGUGAGUUUUGUACACUCCCCAUUUGUUCCAAUGUGUAGGUUUGUUUUGACAUUUAAAGCAGAUCAGAACUCCACGGGUUCUUCCUGUUGUCUUUUACAUUGUUGUGUUAAAAAAAUGUAUUAGGAAACUGUUCUCUUCCCAGGACAGCUCACAUUCAAACCCGCAGAUGUAUUAGGGAGACAUAACUGCAGAAAUGGUCAACUUGUGAUUUUCCCAGGGUUCGUCUAUAGUGUGAUUAGUAUCGUCCUCUGUGGCCAAUUAACACCAGUAAUGGUCUGUUAACAAACAUCAUUCUCAAUUUAUGAUGAGGAAUAGAAAGACCUACAAGUCCUACACUCUUCACACAACAUGGAUUUAAGUCUAACCUAAUAGUCAUUGUUUCAUUGUAAUUCAUUUUUAAUUCGAUAAUGAAGAACAUUUUUACUGUCUUCAGACUUUAUGAGCGCAUUAUACGCCCCUCUCAUUCUCGACGUUUCUGCAACUAAGCUAACAUGCCGUUUAUUUAUUUCUGAUAGACAGUACUCCAUUCUCUCUUUAUGUGUCAUGACUCUGUUUUCUCUGUAUGGAUGUGCUCUAAAAUGUCAAAAGCAGAGGUUUCUAAAGACACUUAGAUAUCAAGGUAACUUGCGAGCAAGCUAGCCAGCAAGUGGGUUAACACGCUAUUAAGGGAGUUAGCAAGCUAACACGUGCAUUGUUUUCUGUCAUUUAAAGGAACUCUUUCUUUUCAUCAGGUUGUAAAGUUUUAUGGUGUCAAGCAGGCUGGCCUGCUAUAGGCUAACCAAGGCUAGAUCUAUUUGGCAUGCAUGCCAGUGGGUUAGCUUGUUGGCUAGCCAGAGAACAGAGGUGCUGCUAUUCUCAUAUUAUUCUAUUCAUAUUCUAACAUGACUUGAGUGGGGGUUGAGGAGCACUUGACCCUGUCUAACCAAUUUAGCCAAGCAGAUAAUAUCAAACUGUCUUUGUGAACCUCUGCUGUAGCGAACAUUUGCCAUAAAAUGUACAUUCAUUUUGUCUCUGUGAGAGAGAAUAAGAGAGUGUGUCCAUCCGUUAGCCUCUGAGGGUGUGGUAAGUGUGUGUAUGUUUCGCUCGGCCCUGGGUAGCAUUGUGCCUCCAGUUUGAGUCGUGUCUCUGAACAUCAUGACUGGUCUCACUCCAUUCAGCUUUAUGUUCACAAGUCUGCAUGAGGCAAAGUCUUUGUGAUCUGCCAGUGGUGCAUUUUACUAAGGAUGUCAGAAAUGUAGUUUUACGUGGGAGGUGUGUGUGUGCGUGUAAAAGUUGAAAUUUUGUGCUUGUUGAGUGUGUGUAUGCGUGAGCGCAGUUACAGUAUGACUUGUUGAAAUGAUGUGACUUGUUAGCAUGCUCUGGUUCCCUUUUUACCCCUCUUUUUUUGUUAUUCUGGCCCAGGGGUAAACAGCUCAAAUUAUUAUUGUUUUCAAAGAGAAAGUAAGCAGAAUAAUAGAAGAUACUCACUUCUGCCAGAAUAAAGGACCUGACAGUAUUUCAGAUACCAGGACUAUUGAAAGAAUAUGUGAAUAUUGGUGUGCCAUGGCAAUGCAAACAUGGUUUAUUCCAAUAAAGCUUGAAGGCUAAAGGAACUGCCUUCUAAUAUGAAGCCAUCAUGUGUGUUUGCUCUGACAGCUGACUGCUAUGGUAGCAGUUGUGUCCUGAAUAUGGUAGCCCAAUACUUUGUACUGAAUCUUAGCCUUACUUACACUCAGACAUAGCUUCCCGUUGGACACGCUGCCAUACGUCCUUUGUUUUGGCAGUUAGCAGUGUUUUUUCCCAGGAUGGGAUUGGGAAAUGUCUCUGCUUGGGCUAACUCCAUCUUUGGGCCAGAGGAGAAGAUUAACAGCCUGUUCUUCAAAUCCUCAACCUUUUCUUUCUCAGAUUGUAUAUUCAUUUUUUUAAGAUAUAUUAAAGAGAAUAUAAAUUAAAA